GCUUUGUAUAUUAUGAUACUGGAGAAAAUCCCUGUGCCUCUUUAAAAACACAUUUCCAAAUAUUUGAACACCACACUACAUUCUCCCCAUGUCACAGUGUUGCAUGCUGCUGUAAAUGGUUCAUGUGACAUCAGAAAGUAUCUUGAGUUUUUUAUAAGCACAGGUUUCAAACACCAAUAAGACCACGUUUAAUGGGUAGAAUAUAUUAAUGUAGAUUACAGCUGCUUGCCUAACAAUAACUUCAAUAGAUAUUUAAUGACAAUUACCAUUUAAUAUUAUUUUUAAUGUAAAAAAGUAAACUACUGGUGCAUACAUUUUUCUUAUGUUUAUCCUUAGGUACAACUUAACAUCAUCUCAAAUUUAUUGCCUUCAAGAACUUGGAUAUAGAUGGACCUCAAUUGCCAGCAUCUUAAACAUCAGUGUUCGCACUUUGUUUAACCACAGGGCACAGCUUGGUCUCUUGGCAAAUGAGUCAUUUAGUAAUAUUUCUGAUGAAGAGCUUGACUCCCUUAUUCAACAAGUGCUUUCUGCAACACCCAAUGUUGGUGAAACCUAUGUUUCUGGAAGCAUUCGAAGUCGUGGUCUAAGAGUUCAGAGAAGAAGAAUACGCGAACGCCUCUGUGUCAUAGAUCCAGUUGGGAGAGCAAUUAGACGAAGACAGGCCAUUCGAAGGAGAAUUUACAACAUCCGCAGACCCAAUCAACUCUGGCACAUUGACGGAAACCAUAAACUAGCAAGCUGGAGUUUUUUUUACCAUGGAUGUGUAGACGGUUUCAGUCGUUGCAUAAUAUAUUUAAAGUGCUGUAACAACAACAGAGCACACACAGUUCUCAACUUGUUUCAGGAAGGUGUACGCCAAUUUGGACUACCCUGUCGUGUCCGUGGAGAUGCAGGUCUUGAAAAUAUAGAUGUUGCACGAUUUAUGGUGCAUCAACGAGGCUUAGGCAGGGGUAGUUUCAUUGUAGGGAGAAGUGUGCACAAUCAGCGCAUUGAAAGACUCUGGGCUGAGCUGAAUAGGGUUUUAACUUUCUACUAUAAAGACUUGUUUCUGUUUUUAGAGGCCAAUCAUUUCUUGGAUAUUAUGUCAGCAACUGACAUGCGUGCUUUGCAUUAUGUUUAUUUACCCAGAAUCAAUACUGCUGUCAAAGAGUUUGUACAGCAGUGGAACAAUCACUGCCUCAGUACAGAGCAUUCCAUGACACCACUGCAGUUGUGGAAUUCUGGUGUCCUUCAGCAUAAUGAUUGCUCAUGCUAUGAAUUGCUGGACGGCACUCAAAAUGGUGAGAUAUGUUACCAUGCUGUUUCAAAUGAAUGUACUGCUGUGAAUAGUGUUUCAUCAAGUACUUUGUCACAAGAGCAAGAAGCUUAUUUGAAUGAAACUGUUAAUCCCAUGUUAGAUGAUGGCAAUCAUGGCAUUGAGCACUACCUCCAAGUACGAACAUAUUUACAAAUUCAGAUAUAG